AUGAAAGAUGCUCAGACCCAGUGGGAGGACCCUACACAUGUUGACCAUAACUACGUGUCAACACAGUCAGUCAUGGCAGAUAAAGCCACACAAUGCGAAGCAGAAAUGGGUCCUACUGUGACUAGCACCAUGCUCCUUGAUGAUGGUAACUCACUGCAGUUCACAGGAGUGCAUCUGGUCCAGUUUUUUACUUUGGUGACUGCGUUGGUGCCGUUCAGUCAGUCGUCAUUUACCCUUCCUGUUGUCGACCAAAUCAUGAUGACCUUAAUGAAGCUAAAACUAAACCUUGUAUUAGGAGAUAUCGCUCUGCGCUUCAACGUGUCUACGAGCAUGGCAAGCAAGGUGAUUGCUCCCUGGAUAGAUGUGAUGGGUGAACAGUUUAAAAUCCUGAUCCCCUGGCUUCCAAAAGAAACCAUCUGUGCUACCAUGCCAUUGUCAUUCAAAAAGAACUAUCCUCAAACCACCUGUAUUAUUGAUUGUGCAGAAAGUGGUAUUCAGAGGGCCAAAAACCUUGACUCCAGGAGUGCCACUUUCAGCCACUACAAAGGAACCAACACUGCUAAAUAUCUAGUCGCUGUGGCUCCCAAUGGGCUGAUCAUGUUUAUUUCUGAUGCAUAUGUAGGCAGAAGCAGCGACAAGUACAUCACUAUGGAUAGUGGGUUCCUGGACUACCUGAGGGUUGGUGAUGAGGUAAUGGCGGACCAGGGAUUCACUAUUCGAGACCUGUUACAUGAAAGAAAGGUCAGGUUGAACAUCCCUGCAUUCACCCACAAGUGUGGUCAGUUGACCAAUGAGGAGGUGACACGCACCAGACGAGUGGCCAAUGUGCGCAUUCAUGUAGAACGGGCAAUCCGAAGGCUGAAGGUUUUCAAGAUUUUAUCCCAAACUGUCCCCAUCUCCAUGACACCGAGGUUGGACAAAAUCUUAACAAUCUGCGCAGGCCUAGUUAACCUGAGGGGUAGACUGAUACGAGUGCCACAUGAGGUGUGA